GUUGAGAUAUCCCACGCGUGCCCCAAUUUAUUUCCCACUCUUAUUUUCCAAUCAUGACGACGACUGACAGUUGGGAGGUCGUUGCGGCCGCGCACCGUGCUAAGCAGCAGGAGGCCAUCCCGGCCAAGUGGACACUGAGUGCUGAACAACUAAGCGAGUUGAAGAAUGCUGGUGCCCCAACAGAGGGGAGGCUUGUCGAGCUUGAUGUCGCUCGGAAGUCAGGGCUUUUGUCUGAGAAUGAGCUCAACAUCACCGAGAAGUUCACAGCCACCGCGCUCUUGGAAAAGCUGGCGGCCCAGGAGCUGAGUUCCGAGGAAGUGGUGGAAGCGUUCUGCAAGCGGGCCGGUCUUGCUCAGCAAUUGACAUCAUGUCUGACCGAAAUCUUCUUCGAGGAUGGUCUAGAACGGGCUCGGUAUCUCGACAAGCAGUUGAAGGAGACUGGAAAGCCCGUUGGUCCCCUGCACGGCCUGCCCAUUAGCCUCAAGGACUCCUACACUGUGGCAGGGAAGCACGCUACUGUUGGAUAUAUUGAGUUUCUGAGGCGCCCUGUUCCAACCGCCGACGCGCCCCUCGUAAAGAUGCUUCUUGACGCGGGUGCGGUUCUCUACUGCAAGACCAACUUGCCUCAAACCAUGAUGACGGCCGACUCUGAGAACAACAUCUUUGGACGAACUCUUAACCCCCACAACACCAAACUUACCGCUGGAGGUUCUACCGGAGGCGAGGGUGCUCUGUUGGCCUUCCGAGGAUCUGUCCUCGGCGUCGGAAGUGACAUUGCCGGCUCCAUCCGAAUCCCCUCUGUAUGCUGUGGCAUCUAUGGCUUCAAGCCUACCGCAGAUCGCAUCCCGUUUUCCGGCCAGGCCGAGUACCCUUUUCCCAAGACGACCCUGCCUGGCGUCCCUCCUGUAGCGGGUCCGAUGGCCAACUCUGUUGAGGAUCUUGCGACCUUCAUGAAAGUUGUACUAGGACAGAGGCCGUGGCGGUAUGAUUCCACCGCUAUAGAUAUCCCCUGGAGGGCAGCGGAGUCUAUCAAGGACGGCGCGCUGGUUGUUGGCGUUAUGGCCGAGGAUCCUGAUUAUCCUCUCCACCCACCUGUGAAGCGAGCGUUGGCAAACGCAGCUGCAGCGCUCGAAAAGGCCGGCCACAAGAUCGUACACCUACCCGCUGACCCGAAGCGAAGCGCUGGAUUUGGUGCGAGAAUCGGAUUUCAAUAUUUCAGCAUGAUGGGCCCUCCCCCUGAUGUCAUCUCCAAGGAAGUCGGCGAGCCGCUCGUGGCAUCUGUGGCCAGGCUUGUGCAUCCCUUUACCAACGCGCCGCUGCCGGUUUCGCCAGAGCUGGAUAUCCCGCGUCAGUUCUCCGACCUGAACGAGGUCCGCGACUCUUAUGUCGAGUCAUGGCGGGAAGUCUGGGUCGAGAACGACCUGGACGUGGUGUUGGCUCCUGGCGCGGCUACCACUGCUGUUCCCCACGAUACCUAUGGAAACCCCGUUUACACGUUGAUGUGGAACGUUCUUAACUACCCUGCUGGUAUUAUCCCCUUCGGUAAUUCGUCCAAGCAUAGCGAUCCCGACUUCCAAAAGGCUACGGCUGUUUUCGAUGCCGAUUAUGACCCAGAAGUGAUGCACGGUGCUCCUUGCACCCUUCAAAUUAUUGCACCUCGGUUUCGCGAUGAGGAGUGUCUGAAUGCGAUGCGUAUUAUUGACAAGGAUAUUAGACCCAUUGAAGCAUCUUCCCACCUAUGAUUAUAGGGAAUGGUGGAUUUAGUCCCAUAGUGUAAAGACACCGUACAUUAGAAUAGCAAAAAUUAAACCAG